CUCCAGAUUUUAAGACUGGAGUUUUGCUAUGCAAUUGGAUCCCGUAUCUGCACAGAAUCUAUUAACCAUGGUCAUGAACUGUGGUAACCCUUGGGGCCCUGUAGACAAAGCCUGGUGUGAAGGAUCUGAAUCCUAACAGGGCAUGUUGCAGUUCCAAUUAACUGAGUUCCCAGUUUUUGUGUGUGCUAGGAUUGUGAAGCCUUUGAGAAAAGACACCUUUUCUAAUUGCUCAAAGUUACGUGCACGGAGGCCAAAAAGCAUUGCUGGUACUUUGAAGGAUUAUAUCCUACAUAUUAUAUGUGACUGAAAUGUUGAGAGUUACUCAUAAAUGGUUGGCCAGAACAGAUAGAUGUCGCUCCUAUGAGGAUUGCUGUGGUUCAAGAUGCUGUGUAAGAGCUCUCUCUAUCCAGCGACUAUGGUAUUUUUGGUUUCUUUUGAUGAUGGGAGUUUUGUUCUGUUGUGGAGCUGGUUUCUUUAUCCGAAGGCGGAUGUACCCUCCUCCACUAGUAGAAGAACCUACUUUUAAUGUGUCUUACACCAGACAACCAGUCAACACUGCAUCAGGGUCACAACAGCCUGGAGUGCCGUAUUACACAGAUCCAGGUGGACCUGUGAUGAAUCCCAUGGCUAUGGCUUUCCACGUCCAGCCCAACUCCCCACAGGGAAACCCGGUUUACCCACCCCCACCUUCCUACUGCAACACGCCGCCUCCCCCAUACGAGCAGGUGGUGAAAUCCUCCACGUGAGGACUCUGUGGCGCUCUGACCUGACUGUGUGAGAAGAAGGUGCCAUUGCAAAAUGACCAAGAUGGUGGGCAUCUGCCCUUUUGAACACUUGCUAGUUCUCCGCGUCCUCUCUCCCUCCCUUCCCUGCACCUUUCCUCAUUAAAAUUACUUGCAAAGGGG